UUAAACAAAUGUCCCGCACUAACCAUGAGAAUAUUGUACGGCUAUAUGGAAGUUGCUUUGACAAGGACUUCGCAUACUUAGUCAUGGCUUACGCAGAGUGUGGAUCCCUCUUUGAGUUCUUGCACGGCAGCGAGCAAAGGGAGUAUACCAUGGCAAUGGCUAUAGACUGGAUGAUUCAGUGUAUCCAGGGUAUUAACCACAUGCAUUCCAUGGAACCAAUACUGAUUCAUCGUGACCUAAAGACUGCCAAUCUACUCCUAACCAAAAAUUACAGGAAUUCGAAAAUUGGAGAUUUCGGCAAUGCGACGGAUCUAGGAACUAUGAUGACAGAUAUGUCUGGCACUGCCGGCUAUAUAGCCCCAGAGGUUCUCUUAGGAAAUACGUAUACGGAAAAGUGCGACAUUUAUAGCUUCGGGAUUGUUCUAUGGGAGGAACCGAAGAAUCGACCCACAGUCAAAGAAAUUCAGCUUACUGACAUUCCAUGUCUUGAUAUUAUAAUGCGAUCCUAA